GGUGGGGUGGGGACUCCAUCAGUUGCACCAGCUCGAUGUGCCAGUGGAAGGGGUGUCAAUUAGGUCACAGCCGGAUUUGGCUAACGGAGCCCCAGUAGCGAGUACCAGCGCCACGCGAGGCGACAGUUCCCCCCCUCAGUUCCCCUCCUCUCCUCGCACAGGCAGGAGCCAGAGUUCCGGCGGAUAGGCAUCCCAUGAUCCCAUCCCAUGUCAUCGCUUCUCAGAGCUUCUCAUCUCACAUUGCCCCCGAACUACCUAAAGCCUUCAAGACUGAAUUGCCGACAAGAGUCGAGUCGUGCGGCACCUCACGUGGUACCACUCUCGUAGAGUCGAGUCGCGUGGCACCAGUCCGUUACCUCGCUGCACUCGUUGCCUGAUAACCGAACCGCUUCCUCCGAUACACGUCAGCUGCUGCACCGUAUUAGGUGUAUGCUAACUGACACUAGGUGUACGAUUCGUACUUCACUCGUCGCGUCGCCAUGGUGUUGGUGACUCGGCGCACUAUCUUCUCACGAGAGGUGUGCCGAGCGGUAGCAAGGUCGUCACCUGUCGCCAUGGCGUCGGUGAUUCGGCAUAUCUUCUUGCCUGAGGUGUGCCGAGGGACUCGGGGCCUUUCGUCUCCUUCCGCCGUUUCUCCGCAUUUAGUGGCUCUUUCUUGUAGUGCCCGCUUUUCGAAUAUUCUCCUUCUACGUUGCUCCUUGCGAAGUCGUCGCUUUAGUCUCUGUCGAUCGCUUGUAAAGCUUUUCAAGAAACUCUUUUCAAGAAGCUUCGAUUCCUCCCCAAAUCGACGCCGCGAUGCCGCCGCCAGUUCGUGUUCGGCCGAGAUCGAUCGCCGUUGUUUUUCACUGGGCCACCGCAAUAUCGUCUUGUUCGACAUAGAAGUCGUCGACCUGAGAGACCUCAUAGAUUCAUUGGCCUAGAGAUCAUCAGUUGCGUGUUUCUCCAGCCCGCGUCUCACUCCGCGUCUCACUCCGCGUCGCACCCGCGCCACUCUCCGCGUCACACUCCACGUCCGCGACUUACUCCGCCCCACACUCCGCCACUCCCCGUGACAUAUCCGAAGCGCGGGAGCAUCACCAAACUAGUCUUCUCUCCUGCGGCAUUUGUUCCUGCGGCAGAUUAAGACUCCCUUGUACGGCAGGAAAGAUCUAUCUACCGCGGUCUCUCCACUUUCCACAGAGCCAUGGCGUCCGAGGCGCAUCGGCAGCAGCGGUUCGCCGCUCCAAUCGACCGCCGCAAUUCACGUUCACGUUUAAUCGCCGUUCUCCUGCUCUCCCUGCUCCUCCGGGCUCUCAUCGCGGCGCCGUCACUUCCCGGCACCGUAGCAGCCACUCCGUCCGAGCGGCAACAGCGGCUCGCCGUUCAAGCGACUCCUUCCGGGCGGCGCAAUACCGAAGCUGUGGGUGUCGUUAUCGCUGCCUCUCUCAAUUCAAGCACGUCGCUCGGUAUAAGCACAUCGCCCGGCGAUGGCUCCGAUACCGUUAGAGGAACACAGCUCCGCGCUAGAUCGCUCCUCCCCGUGAAAUCCUCUCCUGCGGACGGUCCAGAUCGCACGAACCGCCUGGAUCGCACGAUCGGUCUCUUGGCAACGACGGAAGCGGCCGGCAAGGGGAAAUUGACUAGAGUCGGCAAAUUUGCCAGGGGAAGUGGUUCCGGGAAAGGGACCGCGACUGGAACAGGCUCGGGGAAAGGGACGGGUGCAGGCUCGGGGAAAGGGAGUGGCACAGGUUCGGGGAAAGGGACGGGUGCAGGCUCGGGGAAAGGGACUGGCACAGGCUCGGGGAAAGGAACGGGUGCAGGCUCGGGGAAAGGGACGGGGACAGGCUCGGGAAAAGGAACUGGCAGUGGUUCGGGAAAGGGUACAGGGACUGGCUCGGGAAAAGGAACGGGAAAUGGCUCGGGGAAAGGGACUGGCAGUGGCUCGGGGAAAGGGACGGGCACAGGCUCGGGGAAGGGGACAGGAAGUGGCUCGGGAAAAGGAACGGGCACUGGUUCAGGCUCGGGGAAAGGAACGGGCACUGGUUCAGGCUCGGGGAAAGGGACGGGCACUGGUCCAGGCUCGGGAAAAGGGACGGGCACUGGCUCAGGUUCGGGGAAAGGGACUGGCAGUGGUUCAGGCUCGGGAAAAGGGACAGGCAGUGGUUCAGGUUCGGGGAAAGGGACGGGCACUGGUUGCGGCACGGGAGAAGGAAAAGGCACUGGUUCAGGCUCGGGAAAGGGGACAGGAACUGGUUGUGGCUCGGGAAAUGGGGGCAGUGGCUCAGGGUCGGACAAUCGGACGUUGAGUGAACAAUUCUGGGGGAAAUGGCCGACCAUUGAUCCUGGAGUGUUGGAAUCGAUGCGCAUCUACUCUCGCUGGUGGGUUUGGACAGGUCCGGGGAGGGGAGAAUGGAGAGGCCCGGGACUAGGUCCGGGGAAAGGCGGAGGAACGCAAAAACCAGGAAAGGGGGAUGGUGGUGGGAGAGGUAAGGGGCCGGAUGCAGGCUCGGAUGGAGGCUCGGGUUCAGGCUCGGGUGCAGGGUCGGGUGCAGGUUCGGGGGGAACUGUGACUGGCAGUGGGAGGGGUGGGGCGGGAGGUUCGACUGGUUCGGGAUCUGGUGCCGGGAACACAGGGUCGGGGGGUAAAGGUACCACUGGAGGGGGGUCAAGCAGUGGAGGGCAAACGAGUAGUGGUAACGGAACUACCACCGGGAACGGAACUGCCACUGGAGAGACCGGAAGCAAUGGCGGAGGGGCCGGAAGCAGCAGUGGGAACGGAAGUACCAGCGGAGGGGGCGAAUCCGGGUCUGGAGGGCAACCGGCGACUGGAACCCCCGAGUCUAACCUGGCAGCGGAGCAGCAAGCUGCGCUGGCUAAAGUGAGCGGCGUUUUGGAGUUUUUGGAGCAGCGGAAAUUCACAGGAACUGUGACGGGCAUCAGGGGAAGUGGUUUGAUUGAGACUCUAAUGAACACUCUUGUUACCAGCAACGUUACCAUCUUCGCGCCAACCAAUGGUGCCUUUUUCCGCAUGCCCAAAACCGUGCGGUUCGGAGGGCUGAGGAGGAAGCCAACCGUUUUGAAACAGGUCAUGGCCUAUCACGUGCUGCCACGUCGGCUGGAAUUUGAUGACCUCAAGGCCCUUGGGAAUGGAUUUCAGUUGCAAACACUCGACGGCAACAAACCGCUAAAGAAGAAUAAAACAGACUUCUGGCUGCGCAUAGCCCGACCGGAGGACACACUGGGAGCGCGAGUGGUCCUUGGAAACAUGUACAUGACCCCGUCAAUUGUCGUCCAUGGAGUGGAUACUGUGCUACUUCCAGUGAAAGCCUAAGGAGCCUAUUUCUCAGCGCCAAAAGACAUACCGUUAUCCCCCGGGUAUAACACCUGCCGAAAUUAAGCACCCACUGGUGUUAUAUCUGGGGAGGGUGUUCUAUUGAAGAAUCCGCAUUUAUACACCCUCUUAUUGAGGGUUCCAGGAGAGUAUCAGAAUAAUUGAAUAAAUGGUAA